AUGAGCGGUUUCUCCACCACCGCUACGACCGCGGUGCACGAGGAGGCUGUGCCGACCAGCUUUGAUGAGGCGACCCUUCGCGCGUUGUGCGACCUUGAUUGCGCUAUGCCCUUACUUUUUGAUCGCAUCAAGCAGAGCAUGGUUUCCGCGCGCGAAGCAGCGAGCUUCCUCAAAAAGCGAGCAGCCAUUGAGGAGGACUAUGCGCGUAGCAUGUUAAAGCUCUCCCGUUCCUCUGCCGAGGCAUACAGCAAUGGCGAUGGAAAGGCGGGCACGUACGUCGGCUCAUGGAUGGGCCUGAUGAAGGUGCACGACCAGCUGGCCGAUGCGCGUCUACGCUUUUCGCAAAAGCUCGCCGAGAUGAGCGACGAGUUGGCCAAUUUGGCCAAAGAAGUGGACAAGCAGCGCCGUUUUGCACGUGAGACAGGUCAGAAGCUCGAGAAGAACUUGCAAGAUGCAGAGCAGGGCGUAGAGAAGGCUCGCAGUCGGUUCGACAGCUCGGCGGAGGAUCUGGAGCGGUUGCUGCUCGUCAAACAAGGCGAGUCAGCUAAAGGGGGCGAGCUGCAGAGUACCGGCGGCAACAGCGGCGGCAAGCGCACGCUCGGCAAGGCGAUGGGCAAGACAGGCUUGCUGUUCAAGCAGAAGAAUCCGCAGCAGAUGUUGCGGCAGGAAGAGGAGAUCCGCGUCAAGACGUCUAAUGCGUCCGACGCCUUCCGCAAGGAAGUGCAUCAGACGCAGCAGAUGCGCCAAGAGUACUUUAACAUGCAACUCCCACGGAUCCUGCGCUCGCUCAAAGAGAGCGCGGAGGAGAUUGAUAACGGCACUCAGUACCAUCUGAUGCGCUACGCGUUUCUCUACGAGAGUCUCAUCCUCAGCGACGGAAUGGCGAUCAGUCCGCACAGCUCGGCCGCCAUCGGGGCCGCAGGCGCGCCGGAGAGCAGCGCCGGUGGGUUGAAACGGUACAUCGAGAGCAUGGACAACCGAGGCGACUUCAAAUUGUUUAUGCAGAACUACCUCGUCGCGCACGGCCGCGAUUACAGGGGUCCAAAGCGCGAAGGGCAGUACGACGACGGCUUCGUCCCGCCCAGUCCCGGAACGAUCAGCAAAGCGCUUUCGGCGCCCCACCAGCAACAUCAAGUGAGCCAGUACCCCAUCUUCGGCGUCGACCUCGUGACGCAGAUGGCAAGGGACAACGUCGAGGUGCCGCCUAUACUCGAAAAGUGUGCUGCGGCCAUCGAGGCGGUUGGCAUUCAGAGCAUGGGCAUCUACCGUCUUUCUGGCACCACAUCCAAGGUACAGAGGCUCAAACAGAAGUUCGACCAGGAUUGGUCACAAGUGGACCUGAUGAACGAUGAGGCGAUCAACGAUAUCAACAUCGUUGCUGGCUGUCUCAAGCUCUGGUUCCGAGAGCUGCCUGAGCCUUUGCUCACAUACGAGCUAUAUCCAGGAUUUAUAGAGGCAGCGAAAAUAUCCAAUUACCGCCUUCGACAUAUUCGGCUACACGAGCGAGUCAACGAGCUACCUGAUUCCAACUAUGCGACGCUCAAAGCCCUCAUGAAACAUCUUGACGCAAUUCGAUCACACGAAGCAUCCAACCAGAUGAGCGCAUCUAACCUUGCCAUCGUUUUCGGGCCAACGCUUCUCAGCCCGCCGAUAUCUGCCGGCGACAUGAAUGGCGGAGCCGGCGCCAUGCAGCUGCAGGACAUGAGCUUCCAGUGCAAGGCGAUCGAAACUAUCUUGGAAAAGUACAAGGAAAUCUUUGUCGAAGACCCGGAAGAAUGA